AAAAACAUUGGACUUCCAGCAGCUAAAUACUUCUGAGGAUUCAGAAGGCCACAAAGCUAGAUACACAAACAUUCUUUUUCUCUUCAGAAGAUUCCUCAGGUUUCGAGUUCAGGCUGUGAAGUGCAAACAACAAUCCAACAUUCAGUGCAGAUCACGCACUGCAGGAAGAGGAGAUGUGUUUUCUGACCAAGCAUCCAGCUCUUGGGGUGGUAUGUUCUGCUUUCAUAUUCAGCGUGCUCAUUGCUGAAGGACAGCCUGGGGAAGAGCAUGGGCAGGAUGGCAGCUAUGCUCCCAGCCGAGGCUAUCUGAUGGAAGUUUUACGCGUUCUUGCAGCUGACAACACUGAGCUCCACAUGAACCACUCACGAGAACUGGUCAAAAUGUUACUGGAGAGAGCUGAGUGCCCACAGCGGAUUUAUGGCAUGCAAGAGGAUUGUAAUCUGUGCCUUGAACCAGAUGCUUUGUUACUAGUAGCUGGUGGAGAUUUAGACGACCAUCUCAGUGAAGAAGUAUUUGAGAGAAUUUCUCUUAUUCUUCUCUACUACAUUCUUCAUCACAGAGAUGUGUGUUCUUCAGAACUCAGCUUGAAUAAUAAGGAUUAUAAAUUUUACCUACAGAGUAUGCUUAGUUUAAGACAUGAUGAAGACUGUUAUUAUUUUUCACGGAAUGAAACUGAAGAUAUUUUGGCUGCAGUAAGGCAACAUUUUAAAACUUCUGAAACCCAGUGUGUUGAUGUGAGUACUCUGGAGAAAAAUGCUGAAAUAAUGGACAGAGAUGGUGCUGAUGAAAACACUCUUCCACGCCUGGCUGCUUUAAUCAUUACUCUAGCUCUCCAAGGAGUCUGUAUGGGGAAAGCAAGUUUGCCCUCCCCAGAAUUCUUUAUAAAAUAUAUUUUCAAUUCUCUAAACAGUACCACUGAGCUCCAAGUGACAGAACUAGAACAACUACUAAAUGUGCUUACAGCCAAAAAGACCUGCACUGUAAAUGGACAAUUCCACAGUCACAAAAGAAGACGUUAUAGUAUGGCAAUCAGAGAUAUUGGAACCAGAAAUAUUCCAGUCAAAGGAAACCAUACAAAAGGAGACUAUCUGAAAGGUUAUUUUGAAGAUCGUGAAGAGAACACAGAUUGGGACCAGGUUUGCUUCUCUGCCAGUGAACUUGUGACUAUAUUUUUUAAAAAUAGUUCUUCCUCCAUUUCUAAGGACCACUUCAAGCAAAUCAGUCCAGCUAUCGUUCAGCAACUAUUAAGUUGUUCAUGUCAGCUUCCUGACUCCAGGCAGACAAAGCUUCCACCAACAACUUUGGAAAAAUAUGGUUACAGCACUGUUGCUGUUUUACUUAUUACUAUUGGAUCUAUGUUUGGUACAACCCUCAUUUUAUUUAACUCCUGUCAAGAAAUCUAUACACUCAUUUUACAGCUGUUUGUCGGUUUGGCUGUUGGGACCCUUUCCGGAGAUGCAUUGCUACACCUUAUUCCGCAGACUCUUGGUUUACAUAAACAUGAAGCACAGGAGGUAGAACAUUUCUAUGAGGGGAAAGAUUAUAUUUGGAAACUUUUGGGAAUAAUUGGAGGAAUUCAUGGAUUUUGUCUGAUAGAAAAGUGUUUCUUUCUUUUGGUAACACCACGUGACCAGCAGGGCCUUUCUUUAGUUAAUGGGCACUGGGGACAUUCCCAUGAUCUUCCAGUGGAAUCUGAAUUAAAUGAACAUUCAGGCAGAGGCAAAUCUACUUCAACCAUACAGUUGAGAAGCCCAGAAGAUUCUGAGUCUGCUGAAGUUCCUCCAGAGAGUAAGGCGAUCAGCAAAAAAAGUAAGAAAAUUAGCUUGUUAGCAAUAAUGGUUCUGGUGGGUGACAGUCUUCACAAUUUUGCUGAUGGCUUGGUAAUAGGAGCAGCAUUCUCGUCCUCAACAGAAACAGGUGUGACAACGACUAUUGCUAUUUUAUGCCAUGAAAUUCCUCAUGAAAUGGGAGAUUUUGCUGUGCUGCUAAGUACAGGGCUCCCCACGAAGAUUGCAAUUUUGAUGAAUUUCAUAAGUGCGUUAACAGCAUUCUUAGGACUUUAUAUUGGCCUUUCUGUAUCAACUGACCCAUGCAUUCAAAACUGGAUUUUUACUGUUACAGCUGGAAUGUUCUUGUAUUUAUCUUUAGCAGAAAUGCUUCCUGAAAUGACUCACAUUCAGACACGGCGACCCUGGUUGAUGUUUCUCCUACAGAACCUUGGAUUACUAUUAGGCUGGCUUUGCCUCUUACUUUUGGCUAUAUAUGAACAGAAAAUUAAAAUAUAA